ACACAAAAAUAAAAUAAAAUAACUCGGAAAGCUCGACCAACUCCUGGACUUUCUCUCCCUCUCUUUUCCACUGUUAUCAUCUGAUCAACUUUUCAUUUGUUUGCGAAGAAUUGAUCUUCAGCAAUUCUUCGUGAUUAUCAUUUUCAGUUUUCUCGAUUAUUUCACAGAUUCCCACCACCAUGGCAGCGGUGUCAGGGAAGAUUUUCCAAAAUGUUUCUGUUGCACAAUACUCCAAACAAAAUAGUCAAUUCCAUCCCCAAUGCAGAAGAGACUCUUUUACCUCAAACUUGCGCAGCUUACUCCCAUUAAAGGGAAGGAAGCCAGCAUGGAACCGUACCUUGGCCAUGCAGUUGCGCACUUCGUCAAUAUAUCAGAAUGGUUUUGUUAGUGGAGGAAGUAUUUGCUGCAAUGCUGCUUCAUCUUCCACAGAAGUUCGACCCCUUGAAAAGAGUGACUUUCUUAAACUUCAGAAUGGCAGUGAUAUCCGAGGGGUUGCUGUUGCUGGUGUUGACGGUGAACCUGUUACACUUACAGAACCAAUUUCAGAGGCCAUAGCUUCUGCGUUUGCUGCAUGGCUUUCUGAUAAAAAGAAAGGUGAUGCUUCUAUGGCCAUGAGUGUUUCCAUUGGUCAUGAUUCUCGAAUUUCAGCCUCAAUGCUUCAGGAUGCCGUGUCUCAGGGGCUGAUGAGUGCUGGUAUCGAUGUUUUGCAUUUUGGGCUGGCUUCCACACCUGCAAUGUUUAAUAGCACUCUCACUAGAAAUGAGGAGGUUGGGUGUCCAGCUGAUGGAGCCAUCAUGAUAACAGCUAGUCAUCUUCCUUACAACAGGAAUGGGUUCAAAUUUUUUACCAAUGCUGGGGGACUUGGUAAAGCAGACAUCAAAGAUAUUCUGGAGCGUGCUUCUGAUAUAUACAAUAAAAUUACCGAUGAAGGUCUCAGAGACUUACAAGGAACAUCAUCUGUAUCCGUGAAAAAAGUGGAUUACAUGGCUAUCUACGCAUCUGAUCUUGUGCACGCCGUUCGCAAAGCAGCAGGAAAUAUAGGUGAUCUUGCAACGCCUCUAGAGGGAUUUCAUAUAGUUGUUGAUGCUGGCAAUGGAGCUGGAGGCUUUUUUGUUGAUAAGGUGCUUGGGCCACUGGGUGCUGUCACUAGCGGCAGUCAAUUCUUGGAGCCAGAUGGUAUGUUUCCGAACCAUAUCCCAAACCCAGAAGAUAAGGCUGCAAUGACAGCAAUCACUCAAGCAGUUCUCAAUAACAAAGCGGAUUUUGGCAUCAUAUUCGAUACUGAUGUGGACAGAUCCGCUGCUGUAGAUUCUACUGGCCGUGAGCUUAAUCGAAAUCGUUUGAUUGCUCUAAUUUCUGCUAUAAUCCUUGAAGAACAUCCAGGGACAACAAUUGUCACCGACAGUGUGACUUCAGAUGGUCUUACUCUAUUUAUUGAAAAGAAACUUGGAGGGAAGCAUCACAGAUUCAAAAGAGGGUACAAAAACGUAAUUGAUGAAGCUAUUCGUCUGAACUCUAUUGGAGAAGAGUCACAUUUGGCCAUUGAGACCAGUGGCCAUGGGGCCCUCAAAGAGAAUAACUGGCUUGAUGAUGGCGCGUAUCUCAUGGUUAAGCUCCUAAAUAAGCUUGCUUCUGCCAGGGCAUCAGGAAUUAAAGGGGGCAGCAAAGUUUUGACUGAUUUGGUGGAAGGCCUGCAAGAAGCAGCUGUUACUGUUGAAUUGAGACUGAAGAUUGAUCAGAAUCAUGCAGAUCUCAAAGGAGGAUCCUUUCGGGACUAUGGAGAGGCUGUGCUGAAGCACUUGGAAAAUGUAGUGGAUUCAGAUUUGAAGCUCGUGAAGGCCCCAAUUAACUAUGAAGGCGUUAGAGUUUCCGGUUUUGGUGGUUGGUUUCUCUUAAGACUCUCACUUCAUGAUCCUGUUCUACCACUUAACAUUGAGGCACCGAGCAACGACGAAGCUGUGAAACUAGCUCUUGUUGUGCAUGAAGCUGUCAGAGGGUUUAGUGCUUUGGAUAUGUCAUCGUUGGAUAAAUUAAUCCAUAGAAAUUGAGUCGCAUUUACUGAGCAUGUUCGGCACUCACCCAGGCCAUGGUGGUCAUCUGGACUUCAAGGCUUACAGAUCGGUAGUCACUGAGAGUGAUCAUGGUGCUGCUUCUUGCAUACGAAAGAAGAGAAAAAUGUGUACUCCAAGAGGUAUUAGGAUUUAAGCCAUGGCAAAUUUAGAGUUCAGUAAAUAUCUUAAGGAAAGCUACGGAGUAACAAUUUCCGUAACUUAUUGCUUGUUGUAAUGGGUUGUAAAGUUUUUGAAAUUUGAAGUUUUGAGAUCUAUAAAUUACAGAUCGAAGCUUUGGAAUUAGAUAUUCAAGUUUUUCUCCGAGAUAAUAUUCCAUGUUUCCUCACUUGAAAGUUGAAACCAAUAGUCACAUUAUCCCAAUCCCUUUUGCCGCUAUUUCAAUAUAAUUACAUUCUGGAAA